UGUUUUUCAGUUAGUUCCAAUAGGUUUGAACACCGAACAACAUCUAAAUUUGCUACGCUCGUUUACUACCUUAUAUUAUUUUCCAACAUUUUUUCUCUUAAUUUUUUUCAACGCCCUUUGUAACGUCGCAACAUUGGGGUUUAAAAAGUAAUGUAACAUGCACAUCAUUGUCGAUUGGCUAAACGAAACACUUUGCAAAGUAAUACCAAAGCAAGAGAGCGGUUUGGUUCAAGAAUCGGAAACAACACGCAGAAUGGGCAAUUCAGACAGCGAUUCGGAUGAAUUUCCGUUUCUAGAGUUCGAAUCAAAUGGCGAGUUCGUACAUCCAGAAAACGAACGCAUUCAAAAUACACAAGAAGUAGGCGUACAGGUUCCAGAAUUGAUCAGUCCUCGUAAUGAACUGCGGGUUCCUGAAUCGGAGACAAAUUCAGAGCCCGAACCCAUCCAGCAAGUAAGCCAAUUGAUUAGACGGUCAAACAAUUUACCACGAGUUCAGACCGGGAUGGUAAGGAAGAAGAAGAUGGUGAAGAUGUUGAGGUCGGUCAGGAAGCUUAUUAGGCGAGCGAGCUACCAUUCAAGAGCAGAGCGAAGAGGGCUAGUAAAUAAUCAUAAUGAGACCCAACCUGAAAGUCUAUCAAGCGGGGAUGAAAGCGAUCCACUUUUACCCGACUCUAUAGCAUCGCAGAAUGAAACUGAUAUGCUGCCAGAGGAUCUAGAAAUGGGGCAGACAUCUCUGGACGUAUCCCGAGGUCCCGAUUUUCAAGAUUUCCCUACUGGAGCCGAAACUGAGUCUUCUGGGCCUGGUGGCCUGGAUUCCGUAGAUAUAGAAAUUGAAAACUUGUCGAGGAUGAUAACCGCUCGAUUUCUGGAUGAUGCGGAUGUGGGAUUAAUUACACACAGGAACGAACAAGAUGCACCAAUUGGAGUCGAAGGAGAGACUGCUGACAUGGAUUCCAUCGAAAACAUAUCGAGGAUGAUACCAGCGCGAUUUCUGGAUGACCCGGAAGUGGAACCGAUGACUCAUAGGAACCAAGAGUCCGAUGAACAAGAUGAACGAUGCGGAUGUUCAAUAGAUACUGCUGACGUGGAUUCCAUCGAUAUAGAGAUCGAAAACAUGUCGAGGAUGAUGCCAGCCCGAUUUUUGGAUGAACCGGAAGUGGAAUCGAUGACUCAUAGGAACCAAGAGUCCAGUGAACAAGAUGUACGAUGCGGAUGUUCAAGAGAUACUGCUGACACGGAUUCCAUCGAUGUAGAAAUCGAAAUCAUGUCGAGGAUGAUGCCAGCUCAAUUUUUGGAUGCUCCGGAAGUGGAAUCUGUGACACAUAGGAACCAAGAGUCCGCUGAACAAAAUGUACGAUGCGGAUGUUCAAGAGAUACUACUAACCAGGAUUACAUCGAUAUAGAAAUCGAAAUCAUGUCGAGGAUGAUGCCAGCUCGAUUUUCGGAUGAUCCGGAAGUGGAAUCUGUGACACAUAGGAACCAAGAGUCCGCUGAACAAAAUGUACGAUGCGGAUGUUCAAGAGAUACUACUAACCAGGAUUCCAACGAUAUAGAAAUCGAAAUCAUGUCGAGGAUGAUGCCAGCUCGAUUUUCGGAUGAUCCGGAAGUGGAAUCUGUGAUAGAUAGGAACCAAGAGUCCGCUGAACGAAAUGUACGAUGCGGAUGCUCACGACAUACUGCUGAAAUGGAUUCCAUCGAUAUAGAAAUCGAAAACAUGCCGAGGAUGAUGCCAUCCCGAUUUUUGGAUGAUCCGGAAGUAGAACCGAUGACACAUAGGAACCAAGAGUCCGAUGAACAAGAUGUACGAUGCGAUUGUACAAUAGAUACUGCUGACAUGGAUUCUAUCGAUAUAGAGAUCGAAUACAUAUCGAGGAUGAUACCAGCUCGAUUUCUGGAUGAAUCGGAAGUGGAAUCUGUGACAGAUAGGAACCAAGAGUCCAGUGAACAAGAUGUACGAUGCGAAUGUACAAUAAAUACUGCUGACAUGGGUUCCAUCGAUAUAGAGAUCGAAAACAUAUCGAGGAUGAUACCAGCUCGAUUUCUGGAUGAUUCGGAUGUAGAACCGAUGACACAUGGGAACCAAGAGCCCGAUGAACAAGAUGUACAGUGCGGAUGUACAAGAGAUACUGCUGACAUGGAUUCCAUCGAUAUAGAGAUCGAAUACAUAUCGAGGAUGAUACCAGCUCGAUUUAUGGAUGAUUCGGAAGUGGAAUCUGUGACAGAUAGGAACCAAGAGUCCAGUGAACAAGAUGUUCGAUGCGAAUGUACAACAGAUACUGCUGACAUGGGUUCCAUCGAUAUAGAGAUCGAAAACAUAUCGAGGAUGAUACCAGCUCGAUUUCUGGAUGAUUCAGAUGUAGAACCGAUGACUCAUAGGAACCAAGAGUCCAGUGAACAAGAUGUACGAUGCGAAUGUACAAUUGAUACUGCUGACAUGGAUUCCAUCGAUAUAGAGAUCGAAAACAUAUCGAGGAUGAUACCAGCUCGAUUUCUGGAUGAUCCGGAAGUGGAACCGAUGACUCAUAGGAACCAAGUGUCCAGUGAACAAGAUGUACGAUGCGGAUGUUCAAGAGAUACUACUGGCCAGGAUUCCAUCGAUAUAGAGAUCGAAAACAUAUCGAGGACGAUACCAGCUCGAUUUUUGGAUGAUCCGGAAGGGGAGCCGAUGACACAUAGGAACCAAGAGUCCGAUGAACAAGAUGUACAAUGCGGAUGUACAAGAGAUACUGCUGACAUGGAUUCCAUCGAUAUUGAAAUCGAAAACAUGUCGAGGAUGAUUCCAGCUCGUUUUUUUGAUGAUCAGGAAUCGAUGACACAUAGGAACGAAUAUGAAGAGCCCGAUGAAAGAAGAGGGACUGCUGACCAGGGUUUCGUCACUAUAGCAAUGGAAAACGAGUUCAUACUUGCCGAACCCCAAGAGUCGAACCCCAACUUCGAAGACGAAAUAAUCAGUGAACAUGAGAAUAUUAAUUUGGAAGAUACCGUGGAUGCAAUACUCGAAAGAUCAACAACUUUAGGAUCUUUUAAAGAAGGGUCUUCAGAAUAUUCUGGGUCGACAAAAACUCUACCUCCGAAUGAUUUGGAUUCGGGCUCAACAUCUUCUGAAGACGUGUUCUAUGACUUGAUAGAACAUGAUGGAUUGUUUGGGUCGAUAAGAACUCUACCUCCGAAUGACUUGAAUGCGGGCAUUAGAUCUUCUGAAGCAUCGUCCUCUGAAUUGGGUAAUCACGAUUCCGAUAAGGAUAAGGAUGAUGACUCAGACUCAUAUUUAACACCUCCUGAAGGGUUCUUUGAAUCGAUAAGAACUCGACCUCCAAGUGACCUCGAUUGGAGUUCAUCGGAUUGUUCAGAGACCUCAAAAAAAGCCAAAGGAUCUGAAGGGGGUGCUGAAAAGGAAUAUGAUGAUUUAAUUGGGGCGGUAGAAACUCUGCCUUCAAAUAACUGGAAUGCGAAAGCACUGUCCUCCGAGUUGGAUAAUCAGGAUUCCGAUAAGGAUAAGGAUGAUGAAUGGUUUAAGGAGAUAAGAACUCUGCAGAGCUCUUUAAGUGACUCAGAUGUGUCCUUUGAUUCAUUUGUGGCGAUAAGAACUCGACCUCCAAGUGACCUCGAUUGGAGUUCUUCGGAUUGUUCCGAGACCCCAGAAAAAGCCAAAAGACCUGAUGGGGGCGCUGGACAGGAACAUGAUGAAUUGAUUGGGGCGAUAGGAAGUCUACCUCCGAAUAAUUGGCACCCGGAAGCUGUGUCUUCUGAAUUGGAUAAUCAGGAUGAUGAAUUGCUUGAGGAACCAAGAACUCUACAUAACUCUCCAAAUGACUCGGAAGAGCCCUCUGAAGUGUCUAUUGAUUCGUUUGUGGCGGUAAGAAAUCGACCUCCAAGUGGCUUCGAUUGGAGUUCAUUGGAUUUCCCCGAGACCGCUGUCCAGGAUGAUUCAAUUGAAGACGACCCCAAAUACAUAGAUACUAUAAUGGAUAUUAUUGCCAUGCUCGUUCUUGAAAGGCCGAGCCGAAUGCACGUGAGAAUUGGGGUCAGAACCUACGAGUGGCGUAAGAAUAAACCUGAUGACGAAUCGAAUGAAAUGGUAACAUGGUUCUAUACCGGGAUCUCUGGCAGAACGGAGUUCUGCAUUUCAUGGCAUGUAACCGAAUCUAGCGUUGCCCUACUCAACGAUGACGUCGAUCGUAUUGUUUCACAACAUAUCAAGGAAGCUAUAGGUGAGUCUGUCGGUCCCAAAUUGGUUACCAGGACCAAGGCCGCAGAACGUCAGACCAACCGCUCUCUGCAGAAAAAACGCGAACAUGAAUCCAUAGCAUCGAGGAUCUUGCGAAUUGCCGAAAAAUUAAGCGAUGCUCAAGCCAAGGUCAAUGCAUGUCGCAAGGAUAUCGAAAGUUAUGAAGAGGAGCUUAAUCGCAAAGAUUAGCGAUUAAGCCAACAGUCUAUGGGAUUAUUUGUGAUAAAUUUUAUGGUUAACCAUUAUUUGUUCGAUUAUAUAUAUAUAUUAUACAUGGCUA